CGCAAUCUGUGAAAACAUCUUUACCAGCAUUAAAUACAACAAUAACAGCAUUAACACCAUCUGCAAAUACAUCAUUCCCAGCCAAAACUUCAUCAAUGACAGUAUCAACAGCAUCUGUGAAUGUAUCAUUGUUAAUAGAGAAUUCAACCAUGACACCUUCAACACCUUCUGUGAUUGCAUCAUUGCUAACAGGAAAUACAACAAUAACAACUUCAACGCCAUUUCUGAAUAUAUCAUCGCUAACAGAAACCUCUACAAUGACAGUGCCCACACCACCUGUGAAUAAAUCAUUGCCAACAGGAAAUACAACAAUGACAGCAUCAAUAUCAACAUUGAAUACAAUUUUGCAAAUAGAAAAUGAAAAUUCAACAAUAACAGAUUUCAUGUCCUCUUUAAAUACAUCAUUGCUAAAAGGAAAUUCAACAAUGAAACUUCAACAUCAUUCAUGAAUACAUCAUUGCCAACAGAGAAUUCAACAAUGACGGCUGUAACAUUUUCAAUGAAUACAAUCUUACUUACAGAAAAUUUAACAAUAAAAACAUUAUCUGUAAAUACAAUUUUGCCAAUUUCAAGUUCAACAAUAACAACUUCAACAUUAUCUGGAAAUACAUCAUUGCCAAUAGAAAAUUCCACAAUGAUAGCUUCAUCACUAUCUAAAGAUACAUCAUUCUCAUCCAAAAAUUCAACAAUGACAGCAUCAACAACAACAGUCAAUGCAUCAUUGUCAACAGAUACUUCUACAAUGACAGCUUCAACACCAUCUGUGAUUACAUCAUUGCCAACAGAUAAUUCCACUAUGAGAGCAUUAACACCAUCUAUGAAUGAAUCAUUGACAGAAGAAAAUUCAACAAUGACCACUUCAACACCAUCUGAGAAUUCAUUAUUUUCAGUUGAAAAUUUAACUUUGACAGUAUCAACAACAUCUGUGAAUGCAUCAUUGCUAACAGGAAAUUCAACGAUUACAGGUUCAGCAAUAUUUGUGAAUACAUCAAUGCCAACAGAAAAUUUAACAAUGACAGCUCCAACAUUAUCUUUAAAUACAUUAUUGCUAACAGAAAAUUUAACAAUUACAACAUCCACGCAAUCUGUGAAAACAUCUUUACCAGCAUUAAAUACAACAAUAACAGCAUUAACACCAUCUGCAAAUACACCAUUCCCAGCCAAAACUUCAUCAAUGACAGUAUCAAGAGCAUCUGUAAAUGUAUCAUUGUUAAUAGAGAAUUCAACAAGGACACCUACAGCACCGUCUGUGAUUGCAACGUUGCUAACAAGUAAUACAACAAUAACAACUUCAACACCCUUUCUGAAUAUAGCAUCGCUAACAGAAACCUCUACAAUGACAGUGCCCACACCACCUGUGAAUAAAUCAUUGCCAACAGGAAAUGCGCCAAUGACAGCAUCAAUAUCAACAUUGAAUACAAUUUUGCAAAUAGAAAAUGAAAAUUCAACAAUAACAGAUUUCAUGUCCUCUUUGAAUACAUCAUUGCUAAAAGGAAAUUCAACAAUGACAACUUCAACAUCAUUCAUGAAUACAUUAUUGCCAACAGAGAAUUCAACAAUGGCGGCUUCAACAUUUUCAAUGAAUACAAUCUUGCCUACAGAAAAUUUAACAAUAAAAACAUUAUCUGUAAAUACAGUUUUUCCCAUUGGAAAUUCAACAAUUACAACUUCAACAUUGUCUGGGAAUACAUCAGUUCCGACAGAAAAUUCCACAAUGAUAGCUUCAACACCAUCUGUGAUUACAUCAUUGGCAACAGAUAAUUCCACUUUGAGAGCAUUAGCACCAUCUAUGAAUGAAUCAUUGACAACAGAAAAUUCAACAAUGAUAGCUUCAUCACUAUCUAAAGAUAAAUCAUUCUCAUCAAAAAAUUCAACAAUGACAGCAUCAACAACAUCUGUCAAUGCAUCAUUGCCAACAGAUACUUCAACAAUGACAGCUUCAACACCAUCUGUGAUUACAUCGUUGCCAACAGAUAAUUCCACUAUGAGAGCAUUAACACCAUCUAUGAAUGAAUCAUUGACAACAGAAAAUUCAACAAUCACCACUUCAACACCAUCAGAGAAUUCAUCAUUUUCAGUUAAAAAUUCAACACUGACAGUAUCAACAACAUCCGUGAAUGCAUCAUUGCUAACAGGAAAUUCAACGAUUACAGGUUCAGCAAUAUUUGUGAAUACAUCAAUGCCAACAGAAAAUUUAACAAUGACAGCUCCAACAUUAUCUUUAAAUACAUUAUUGCUAACAGAAAAUUUAACAAUUACAACAUCCACGCAAUCUGUGAAAACAUCUUUACCAGCAUUAAAUACAACAAUUACAGCAUUUACACCAUCUACAAAUACAUCAUUCCCAGCCAAAACUUCAUCAAUGACAGUAUCAACAGCAUCUGUGAAUGUAUCAUUGUUAAUAGAGAAUUCAACAAGGACACCUUCAGCACCUCUGUGAUUGCAUCAUUGCUAACAGGAAAUACAACAAUAACAACUUCAACACCAUUUCUGAAUAUAUCAUCGCUAACAGAAACCUCUACAAUGACAGUGCCCACACCACCUGUGAAUAAAUCAUUGCCAACAGGAAAUGCGCCAAUGACAGCAUCAAUAUCAACAUUGAAUACAAUUUUGCAAAUAGAAAAUGAAAAUUCAACAAUAACAGAUUUCAUGUCCUCUUUAAAUACAUCAUUGCUAAAAGGAAAUUCAACAAUGACAACUUCAACAUCAUUCAUGAAUACAUCAUUGCCAACAGAGAAUUCAACAAUGACGGCUUCAACAUUUUCAAUGAAUACAAUCUUGCCUACAGAAAAUUUAACAAUAAAAACAUUAUCUGUAAAUACAGUGUUGCCCAUUGGAAAUUCAACAAUUACAACUUCAACAUUGUCUGGGAAUACAUCAGUUCCAAUAAAAAAUUCAACAAUGACAUCUUCAACAAUAUCUAUGAAUACGUUGUUGCCAACAGAAAAUUCCAUGAUGACUGCUUCAACACUUUCUGCGAUAACAUCAUUGCCAUUAAAAAAUUCAACAAUAAACACUUCAACCCAAUCUGUAAAUAUAUCAUUGCCAACAGAAAAUUCAACAAUGACAACAUCAACAACAUCUGUAAAUGCAUCAUUGUCAACAGAGAAUUCAAAAAUUACAGCUUCAACACCAUCUGGGAAUACUUCAUACCCAGUUGCAAAUUCAACACUAACCGCAUCAAUAAAAUCCGUGAAUUCAUCAAUAAAUACUAUUACAGUUUUAGCACCAUCUGUGAAUACAUUGAUACCAACAGGUAAUUUAACAAUGACAACUUCAAAAUUAUCUGAAAAUACAUUGUUGCCAACAGAAAAAACAUCAAUGAAAGCUUCAACACCACUUGUGCAUACAUCAUUGCUGACAGAAAAUUUAACAAUUACAGCGUCCACACCAUCUGUGAAAACAUCUUUGCCAGCAGUAAAUAGAACAAUAAGAACUUCAGCACUAUAUGAAAAUACAUCAUUCCCCGCCAAAACUUCAUCAUUGACAAUAUCAACAUCAUCUGUAAAUGCAUCAUUUUCAAUAGAGAAUUCAAUCAUGACAGCUUCAGCACCAUCUGUGAUUACAUUAUCGCCAACAGAAACCUCAAUCAUGACAGUGUCCACACCAUCAUUGAAAAUAGGAAAUUCAACAAGGACAACUUUAACACCAUCUGUGAAUGUAUCAUUGCUCGCAGGAAAUUCCAUAAAGACAGCUUCAACACCAUCUGUGAAUACAUCAUUGCUAAUAGGAAAUUUAACAAUAACAGCUGUAACACAAUCUGUAAAUGCAUCAUUGCCAACAGAAAAUUCUACAAUGACAGCUUCAACAACACCUGUGAAUGCAUCAUUGCUAACAGGAAAUUCAACAAUAACAUCUUUAACAAAAUCUGUGAAACUAUCAUCAUCAACAACAGAAAAUUCAACCACACAAGCUUCAACGCCAUCGACGAAUAUAUCAUUCUGAAAAUUCAGCAGUGAUAUCUAUAAAUGCAUCAUUGUUAUCAGGAGACUCAAAAAUUGUAGCUUCAACACCAUCUGUGAAUACAUCAUUGCUAACAGAAUAUUCAACAAAGACAGCAUCAAUACAUUCUGUGAAUAUAUCAUUGCCAACAGGAAAUUUAACAAUGACAGCUACAACAUUAUCAGUAAAUACAUUGUUGCCAACAGAAAAUUCAACAAUGAUUGUUUCAACACCAUCUGUUUAUACAUCAUUGCUAACAAAAAAUUUUACAACUACAGCGUCCACAUCAUCAGUGAACACAUCUUUGCCAGCAUUAAAUAGAACAGAUUCAGCACCAUCUGAAAAUACAUUAUUCCCAGCCAAAACUUCAACAAUGAUAGUAUCAACAAUAUCUGCAAAUACAUUAUUGCUUACAAGAAAUUCAACAAUGACAGCUUCAACACCAUCUGUAAAUAUAAAAUACAACAAAAACAGCGUCAAUACCAUCUGUGAACACAUCAUUGCUAACAGGAAAUAUAACAAUGACAGCAUCUACAUCAUCUGUGAAUACAUCAUUGCUAACAGGAUAUACAACAAAAGCGUUCAGACCAUCUGUGAAUACAUCAUUGCUAACAGGAAAUUCAGCAAUGAGAGCGUCAACACCAUCACUCAAUGCAUCAUUGUCAACAGAGAAUUCAGCAAUGACAGCUUCAACAGGAAAUUCCACAGUGACAUCUUUAACACCACCUGUAAAUACCUCAUUUCUAAUAAGAAAAUCAGCAAUGCCAUCUUUAACACCAUCUGUGAAUACAUCAUUGCUAACAGGAAAUUCCACAAUGACAGCGUCCACACUAUCUUUGAAUAAUUCAUUUCCAACAGGAAAUUCAAUAAUGCCAGCACAUUUGUGAAUACAACAAAAAAAUAAACAAUGACAGCAUCACCAUCAUCUGGGCAUGCAUCAUUGACAAAGGAUAAUAAGAAAAUGACAGCUAUAACAUUAUCUGUGAUAACAUCAUUGCAAACAGAAAAUUCAACAAUAAAAGCAUCACCAUCAUCUGUAAAUACAUCAUUGUCAACAGAGAAUAUAACUUUCAAAGCUGUACCUCCGUCUUUGAUUGCAACAAUGCUAAUAGACAAUAAUUAUUCAACUGUAACUGUAAAUUCAUUAUUACCAGCAGAAGGUUUAACAAAGACAACUUCAACAUCAUAUGUGAAUACAUCAUUACCGACAAAAAAUUCCACAAUGAAAGCAUCAACAUUAUCUGUAAAUAAAUCAAUGCAAAUAGAAAAUUCAACAAUGACAGCAUCAAAAUCAUCUGUAAAAUCAUUGGUAGCCGAAAAUUCCACAAUAUCAACUUUAACAUCUUUAACAUCUCUGAAUGCAUCAUUACCAACGGAAAAUUCCAUAAUGACAUCUUUAACACAAACUGUGAAGACAUCAUUGCAAAGUGAAAAUUCACCAAUAACAGCAAAGAAAACAUCAUCUGUUAAGACAUUAUUUUCUAUAGAAAAUUGGACAACUUUAGAAUUACUUGCAAUACCAAUAAGAAUAAAUACUUAUUUCAUUGCCAUAAGCAAAUUCAACAACACCAGGAUCACCAACCAUGAAUACAUCUUUGCUUGCAGAAAAUUCAACAGUUACAAGUUCAUCAUCAACGUUGAAAAUAGAAGACAAAUAUUGACAAUAUUAAUGAAAAGUUGAACUUUCUUGGUAUCAUCAUAAGUUACAAAAAUAUCAUUCCCAAUUCCAGAUUCAACUGAGGAGAACCCGACUAACAGGAGGACAGGUUCAAGAGAGAAUAACAAAGCAUCAAAACACAAGUUUGAAUUUUCCAGCAAUUUAAAUUUUUUUAGAUUUAAAAACAAAGAAACCAGCAUUUACUUUGAGUUCAAAGGAAUUGAAUCUUUGCCACAAACUCUGAAUUAUAAUCCCAAUAUCCGUGGAAACCAAUGUCGUACUACUUUGAUAUUUCAACCUUUGAUCUAA